GCCUAUUCUAUCCUAAUAGCAUCGCAUGUAUGGUUGGAUACUUCAAAAGGUGUGAUCCUUGGCGAUGGAAACUCAUGCCUCAGGCUGAUACAUGUGGCUGUUCCGAGCUAAUCCCAAUCAGGUAACCACCUGGUCAUGACGGCAUUAGCGGAGUUAAGUCUUUUUGCCAUCGUAUCUAAUGCCGGGGAAGACGAAUUCCAAAAACCGAGGGGGCAGUCGUGGAGUGUUCGUGUUCAGUCUUUGUGACAUAUAAAUAGCAAGAUUCUGGCCCCGAUCAGUGUAGCUUUUGUGAUGAUAUCAAACACAGCAUCUGGUCCGAUCUGAGCCAUUGACCACUUUAUACUUCUCUGUCCGCAGUAAUUGAUUGACCAACGUACUAUUUCGCCAUGCCUACCCUCGCUGGAAAGGAGAUCACCCACAAUGGUCUGGGGCUCAUGCGUAUCACUGGGAUGGAAGGAACACCAGACGAGCAAGCAUUCAAGGUCCUCAAGACGGCGUUGACUGCUGGCGUCAAUGUAUGGAACGGGGCAGACUUCUAUGGCCCGCCUGACAACAACUCUCUGCAUCUCAUGAAUCGCUAUUUCACGGCCUACCCCGAAGAUGCGGACAAGGUUGUUCUCUCCAUCAAGUCCGGCUUGAAGGACAUGAGGACGUUCUCGAUGGACUGCUCAGCCGCAGGUCUUCGUGGUUUCGUGGACAACGCUCUCAAGGUACUGGAUGGCAAGAAGAAUAUCGAUAUCUUCGGCUGUGCGAGAGUCGACCCGAAUGUGCCGAUCGAGGAAAGUGUGAAGGCACUAGCAGAGCUGAAGGACGAAGGAAAGAUUGGAGGCAUCCAGCUGACCGAGGUGAAUGCUGACUCGAUCCGUCGUGCUGCCAGCGUCGCCAAGGUCGAUAUGGUCGAGGCCGAGGUCAGUCUUUGGGCGACAGAGGUCUUCAGUAACGGUGUUGCCGAGGCAUGCGCGGAGCAUGACAUUGCAAUCAUCGCGCAUACCCCGCUGGGGGCUGGCAUGUUGACGGGUGCCAUAAAGAGUGUCGAUGAUCUGCCGCCAAACGACCACCAUCGCCACUUCCCUCGCUUCCAUCCCGACAACCUGGCGAAGAACCGGGAGCUGGUGGAGCAGAUUGAGAAGCUGGCAUCUGAGAAGGGAUGCACUCCAGCUCAGCUAGCUUUGUCGUGGAUCAAAGCACAGAGCAAGAAGCCCGGGAUGCCGCUCGUGGUGCCUGUUGCGGGUGCACGAUCAGAAUCUAGGGUGCUUGAAAACGCCAAAGAAGUUGAGCUGACGGAGGAGGAUCUGAAGAAGAUCGGUUCCAUCCUGGACGAAUUUCUCGUUGCAGGGGAGAGAUUCCCAGUGGCGGCCAUGAAGUUGAACCAAUACUAGGGUGGCCAAGCCAACGAAGCUGGGACUAUCUUUAUGACUCAAGGAUCAGAUCGAAUAAUCCUCUCUUCCAAUCUUUAGCCACACUUUCCAAACAUUACCAGGUACUUUUUGAGAUCCAUCUAGCAAGCAAUCGAUUGUUC